AAAGUUUGGUUGCACAUCUGAUUACAUAUUGAUUACCAUAGAAAUGUCAAUUUGGUGAUGAUGUCAUGGUAACCAGAUUUUACACCUCUCUUGUCAUUACCGUCUCUCCUCGGACUUUUUAAUUUGAUUAGUAAACACAUAAAUAAAGAAGAUAAUGUUUUUACCUCCUGGACGAUGUUAAAUCUCGUCAUUGAUAAAACAAGAUUGAUUGUGUAGUCAUUAAUUAGUAAGUGUAAUCAAGGAUUGCCAUUGCCAUUGCCUUUGCUUUUAACAAACUUAAAGUUUGUCGCCGUCAGGAAUUAAAAGACUGAGCUCACCGGGAGCACAAACACCAAGAUGUCGGGUCACGCUAAAAUCUACCCCCCUGUCAAACGCGUCCCCCGCAAUUCUUUUGUCAACAUCUCAUCUCUCGGUCGACAAAGUUCUUCCCAAGAACUCAAAAUAACUUACUCAUUUGUGACUUUAUUUGGUUAUUUAUUCGUGCUACAGGUACUUUGAUUUCGCCAUAUUAUCCGCAGCAUAUUUGUAUCCUCGGGUAUGCACAGUUUCCUUCGCACCAUCGGCGCAAAACAAUACUCGAAACGACCACAACAACUAUGAGUGCUGCAGAUACUGCUCUCCUCACGGAGCACCUUACAUACAGACCAAUUGUAAGUAUAGACAUGUGGUCAUACUAAUUCUGUGCAUUCUAAUAGCGUCUUUCUAAUAUCUCCACAGGCUGUCAUUGAUGACAUAAUAAACAGUAUCAACCUUCUCGCAUUCCGCGCCAUCGAUGCGCUCGAAAAAGGUCUUCUAGCCGCUCCUCCUGCCUCAAUUGGCUUCACACCUACCUCUAUCCUCUCCGCCGAUGAUGUAGCAACACAAUGUCAGCACGAAAUCGAAUACGGAGUUUAUAAAUUGGAGACAUUACUCAAUGCGAAGAUUGAUAAGAAUUUCGAUAAGAUGGAGAUUUAUUUAUUGAGGAACGUCUUCGCGGUCCCGGCGGAUGUUAGGGAUUGGAUUAGAUUGAGUCAUUAUGAAGGAUUGGAUUUUAGAGGAGUAGAAGAAAAUGGGGCUGGGGAGAAUGGGGCGCCGACUUCGGAAACUGUUACAUUGCAGAGGAAGAGGUUAAGGGAGACGAUGAAGUUGAACGCGGUAUUAAGAGCAGAGAAGGAGAGGAAUGAGAAAACUAUUGCGGCAUUGAAAGGAAUUAUUUCACCAAUCGCUAGUCCGACAAAGAAGAAUGUGAAGGCUGAGGAUGGUACUGAAAUGGAUGUUGAUGCAGAGGAUGAUGAACGAGCUCCAUUGGCUUUCUUACAAAAGAUGGGAAAUUUGACAAAAGAUGGAAAACAUCCUAUUGCAACGACGACUGAGUUUGCACUAAGUCAAUUACCUGCGCUGAGACAAUUAUUAGAUAAUCUAGGACCGAGGUUGAAAGAGUUGUCAGAAGGGAAUGGUAUGGAUGGGAUGGUAGGAGAACAAGAGAAGAGUUGGAGAAGAGAGAGAUUGGAAUUUAUUGAAAAGGAGACGAGACGACAUCUAGAAAAUGUGAGAGGCUUAGAAUUAGGCUCGCAAGGUGAAGUGAGAGAUGGAGAAUGGCAGGGUGAGGGGAGAAAAUUUGGGAAUGGGGAAGUGGAGGAUUUGGAAAAAGUUGUAGGAAUGUUUGAAAGUCAUGCUGCACCGCCAGGAGAUGGAGAUGGAGAUGGAGAUGCGAUGGAUGAAGGAACUUGAACUUGAAUUUGAUGCGAGUAUUAGGGGCACUUUUUGUGAUGUUGAUUUUGAUGUUGAUGAUGUUGAUAUUGGCGUUUUAAGGAUAUACCCAUGGAUCUUUGAUUGAAUAACUGGCGAUGUAGAAGUACGGAUUAGAAUGUUAGUUU